AUGGUUCUCUUUUUUACAGCCAAAAUUUUACGACAGUCUUUCUUCUUUGACUGGGAUAAACCAGGCCAACCGAUUCCAAUACCUGUUACAGAGCAAUGCGAAAUUAUCCAUAUUACAUGGUCCAGGAGCACCGCUAUAGGGCCCAAUCCGACGGCACCAUAUUACCUUCAAGUCUACACUUCAGCGUAUACGAUUCCUUUCAUCAUCCCAGUAGGGGAUGUUCUUAGCUACGACUGGGCUGUCCCGUUUUCUCCGGGAACACUCGUAAGUGGCAUAUUAUUCGACAAAUUUGGCAACACGGGAGGCUGCCAGGCGACAUACACGGUCAUUCCUUCGAGCUCGACUCCAAAUUGUGCCAACAUAACGUUUGCUUCUUCACUGGGCGUAGAAGCAGUGGUCGAAAAUGGGCCUAUGUCGCAGUUUGGGUGGGUUGAUCAAGUUGCGCCUGCCCUUCAUCCUCCGUACAAUAUUACAACGCUAAAUAACGAGGCAAUAAAUUGGACUGUUAGUCUAUCUUGGGCGUCACCCUUCUUCAUCAGCCUCGUCGAUGCAAACGGAAACAUGUGGGCCAACGGACCACUUCAUGCUGGAGGUGGAGGAACGAUUGCGUGUCUUGCUGGAAAUUCUACGCUUAGAUCCGACACAGAGGUAAAAUUGCCCAUUGCGAUAGGUGCCAGUGUUGGUGCCCUUGCUGUGGGCCUUGUUUUCGGAAUUCUAGGUGCAUUCACAGUAUUGCAGCGACGUCAAAAUGAGAAGAUUCAUUCGCAAAGGUUUGUGGAAGCGCAUCCAGCACCAAUGGGAACACCUCGGGUUCAAAUGUUCGAGGAACCACAUGAGCCAGCUCAAUCCAGGCCUCUUACCACUGUUUCCUCUUUCGGGAACUUCACUAAUUCCAUCACCAAUUCCAAUCCAUCUUCUCGAGUGAACAGAGGACAGGGUUUAGAGGAGCAUUAUGCGGAAUUUUCAACGUCAGAUGAACAAGGUCGCUCCCGCGCAAUUACCCAAAAUUUCACCCCAAAUCAUCGAGGUGCCAUAAGCUCAAUUCACGAAUCUAUUGUUGGGCCUAGUGCCCCUGCAGCUCAGAAUCUCUAUGUGCUUCACCAUGACAGUCAAAUACCACCUGUGACGAUAUACCAUCAAGAAGGAACGCAAGUUGUAGAACUGCCACCACGGUACCCUCCAAUUUCCCCGGAACGAAGUGAAGCUUUCAGUGAAAGAAGGAUGGCCAAUGACAGUCCGAGUGAGGGAAGUGGGACAACAGGAACGGGACGGAACGAAAACAUUGUGCUCCAGCAAUCUCGAUAUGUUGGCCCUGUCCGCAAAGUGCCUAAAACACCGUGA